CUCAUUCUUUCCAACAUCAAACACUAGAUCUCCCAAUAUCAGUUCACUUUGCUUCCCAAACAUUCGGUUAUUUCUUUCUUUCAUUAACUUCUUAAUUACUCUAAAUCACCAUCAUGGGUGUCUUCACAUAUGAAACUGAGCUCACCUCUGUCAUCCCCCCACCUAGAUUGUUCAAAGCUCUUGUUCUUGAUGCUGACAACCUGGUACCAAAGAUUGCUUCACAAGCAGUUAAAAGUGCUGAAAUUGUUGAAGGAGAUGGAGGUGUUGGAACAAUCAAGAAGAUUAGAUUUGGUGAAGGAAGUGAAUACAGCUAUGUGAAGUACCGGAUUGACCGGCUUGACAAAGAUAACUUUGUGUACAGCUACAGUUUGAUUGAAGGAGAUUCUAUUACAGACAAGAUUCAGAAAAUCUGCUAUGAGAUUAAGUUGGUGGCAUCUGCUGAUGGAGGUUCCAUCAUAAAGAACACCAGCAACUACCACUCAAUAGGUGAUGUUGAUAUCAAGGAGGAGGAUGUUAAGGCUGGCAAAGAAAGAGCCUCUGGUUUGUUCAAGGUCGUUGAGAAGUACCUUUUGGGCAACCCUGAUGCCUACAACUAAACAUGUCUGUGAUACUACUGCACGUUUGGACAACAAUCUGUCAUUUUGUCCUUCUUUUUCUGUUUACUUAACGGUACGGUUUUAACUAGUGAUGUACUUGUAUUUGAUUUCAAUUGAUCAAUCAAGAAAAUUUGGAAGGAAUUUAUUUGA